AUGAAUUUAAAAGGUCAGUGUUUUGAAUUAGCAUAUACUAAUUCACCGACAAACAGAAGUACUCUGCUUAUUCUUCCAGCACACAUCGAUAUGUCAACUACGUAUAUGGUUUCGUUCGGCCUUCUAAUUUCAUUGCUCGUCAUUCUCUCGAUUUCAUCAAUCACUCGUCCAGCUUGUGCUGUUUCCCAUUUUAAUCGCGAGAACCCAAAUUAUGAUAGCAGCGAAGAUAAGGAUAUUCGAUUGAUGAUUUAUCCUAAAUACAUGAAUUUACCACGUCUUCAACGCUCAUCUAUCUAUGGUCCUCGCACCAUUCGUAAUUCCUGGUUUCGUGCAUCGACUUAUCAACAUAUGAAGCCCAGUGGUUCAAUCGAUGAAAAACCUGCUGGAGAUAAUCUUUUACGAUGGGGAUGA